AUGGAAUAAACUGCUGAUAGUACGCAGAGUUAGUAUUCGUAUAAUGCUCAGAGGGAUGAUGACGCUGAACUAGACUAGAACAAUGAGCAAGAUCCCCAAUUUAUAGGCACUGACACUUACUAAGAAUAGCCAGACUAGCCAAUAACUCAGACUGAUCCAAUAGAAAUUGCGAAGGUAGAGGAACCUGAUGACUAGGAAUUAAAUGAUAACCCUUACAUAAUGAGCAGGUCUAUCCCAGUAGGACCAUACUCAUUUGUUGAUUUCAGACAGCCUUAUGAGCAGAAAUCACCACCUCCCAAGUACUUUUCAGACGAAUUAUUGCUCACACCACUUCCCACAAAGAAAGAUGAAAUAUUACGAGGAUUAGAGGAAUAAAAGCACGGUGGCCUCGUCUGCACUGAUUAGGAAGCAAUGGAUAGGUAGAGAGGUGUCCUCAUGAAUGUAGUAAAGCAGCUUACUGUAAAUCUAUUCAAGGGUUUGACGAUUACUCAUAUUUCCCUGCCCAUCAAGAUAUUCGAGCCGAGAUCAUCAAUCUAAAGAAUAGUUGAUAUGUGGUCUUUCGGACCCAAAUUCCUCAGACAAGCUGCUGAUACCACCGAUCAUCUUGAGAGAUUCAGACAGGUCAUUGCAUUCGCAAUGAGUGGGCUAUAUAUUUGCAGUUCUCAAUAUAAACCAUUUAACCCGAUUCUUGGUGAAACUCUAUAAGGUGAAUUCAAUGAUGGUACUUAAAUAUAUUGCGAACACACAUCGCAUCAUCCACCCAUCACAAAUUUCCACAUGCAACCUUAGGACAAGAGCUUUAAUUUCUAUGGUUAUUACGAAUUCACAGCAAAUAUGGGAGCAAAUUCACUUAAAUCCGGACUAAGAGGUCCAAACAAUAUAGUAUUCGCAGACGGGUAGCACAUUAGAUUUAGAACCCCAGAUUUCUUAUUAGGAGGAACCGUUAUGGGAGAUAGAACUAUUGAAGCUGCUGGGAAUGUAUUCUUUGAAGACCUUACAAACAAUUACAAGGCAGUAGUAAUUUUGAGUACUUAUAAAAAGUCAGGGUUCUUUAAAAAAUCUGAGUCAGGCAAAAGAGACUAGUUUACUGGCAUUAUUUAUCAUUGUAAACCAAUCGAAGACCCUGUGAAGUCAGCGAAAAAGCUAUACUCAAAACACGCCAUAGAAAUAAGCGAUCUGAAUAAAAUAAAAGACAUGGUAAAGCCAAUUGGUGAUAUCAAUGGAUCUUUCCUAUAUAAUAUGACUAUUUGUGGUAAAAAGUACUGGGAUAUCGACACUGAUGUUCCAGAGAGAUUCAAGCCUGUAUUAAGAUAUGUUGCCCCAUCUGAUUGGAGAUAUAGAGAGGAUCUAAUCUGGCUAAAAUACAAUUAUAUGAAAAUCGCAGCCUAGUGGAAAGUUAGGAUGGAGGAGCAGCAAAGGCAUGAUAGAAGACUCAGACAGAAGCAAAAGGAUAAGAAAUGA